GAAACAGAUUCGGGCUCUUCUAGGACGGUUUAGCCAGUCAGAGGAUUUGCUAAUCUCCUCUGGAGUUGAGCCAGGGACUCUGGAUGGAGUUCUCUUGGAUGCUGGCUGUUCUUCUAUGCAAUUUGAUACUCCUGAAAGAGGUUUUUCCCUGCAGAAGGAUGGGCCUUUGGACAUGAGGAUGGAUAAUGACAGGUACCCUGACAUGCCCACUGCUGCUGAUGUUGUGAAUGCUUUAGAUCAACAAGCGCUUGCGUCCAUCCUGAGAACAUACGGGGAGGAGAGGCACGCCAAGAAAAUCGCUUCAGCCAUCGUUCAGGCACGCAGCAUAUACCCCAUCACCAGAACUCAGCAGCUUGCAAGCAUUGUUGCAG